GGUAAUGAGGAGCACUGGGGUCAGCCUACCCUGGAGAUGCUGAAGAGAAGGGACAUUCUGGCUAUUGUACUGAUCGUUCUGCCCUGGACUUUGCUCAUCACAGUAUGGCACCACAGUACUCUGUCCCCGUUGCUCACUGCACACAAGGAGGACGGGACUGAUGGCCGGAGGGAUGCCAAUCCAGGCUCAGAUUCCAGGGAAUACUGUUCCUCAGAGAGAGAUAUAGUAGAAGUUGUCAGGACUGAGUAUGUAUAUACACGGCCCCCACCUUGGAUGGGUAACCUCCCAACCAUCCACGUCAUCACCCCCACCUACAGCAGACCGGUGCAGAAGGCCGAACUGACCCGCCUGGCCAACACCUUACUGCAUGUCCCCAACCUGCACUGGAUCCUGGUGGAGGACUCUCAGCGGCGCACCCCUCUGGUCACCCGGAUGCUGCAGGACUCUGGUCUUAAUUACACCCACCUUAACGUGGAGACCCCACGUAAUUAUAAACUAAGAGGGGACACCAGGGACCCCAGAAUACCCCGCGGGACUAUGCAGAGAAACCUGGCCUUACGGUGGCUUAGAGAGACAUUUAAAAAAAACAACAGCUUGCCCGGAGUUGUGUAUUUUGCAGAUGAUGACAACACUUACAGUCUGGACCUAUUCGAAGAG